UAAUUCUCAGUAUACCGUGUUCGGUGCUUUACGGCUUGGACCUGAGGGAUAGCCGGCUAGAUUGAUCCACAGAGUCCGAAUCCACAGCCUAGUCAAAGCUAUUGACUUCUGGUGGUCUCGAGCGUUUGCUCCUACAUCGAACGACCCUUGAAACCUGAUCUAGAACCCGAGAAACACCCCCCGUAUCAUAUCGUCAUGGCGCCCACCACCACCACGAAGACUGUGGAGGAGCCUGUACGUGUCGCGGUGCCGCCGGCUGAUGCCAAGGCUGACGCUGAUGUCCCUAAGCCCAAGGAGACCAAGCCGAUCCCGUCUACACUGGCGGAGAUGAGUGAGAGCAUCGACCAGACCACAUUCGAGCAGAUUCUCGAAAUGGACGAUGAGGGGGACAACGACUUCAGCAAGGGCAUCGUGUACGGCUUCUUCGACCAGGCAGAGAGCACAUUUGACAAGAUGGAGAAGGCUUUGAAGGAGGAAGAGCUGAACGAGCUGUCUUCUCUGGGACACUACCUGAAAGGAUCGUCAGCCACUCUGGGACUUAUCAAGGUCAAGGAUGCCUGCGAGAAGAUUCAGCACUACGGCGCCGGCAAGGACGAGACCGGUUCGACGGAUGAACCGGAUAAGAAGACCUCACUCUCGCGCAUCGAGAAGACCCUGACGCAGGUCAAGGUGGACUACAAAGAAGUAGAAGCAUUCCUACGCAAGUACUAUGGUGAAACCGCGACCUCUUCUUGAAUUUAGGAUGAACAGAAAGAGAACGGGCAA